GGUCGCGAAUGGCAUGAAAGCAAGUUGGUUGCUUAUAGGUCAUCCGCAAGAUAGUGCAAAAGAAAAGAUGGCUGCAGUCCGUGCAUGGUUAUUGAUGGCAUUACUCGCAAGCAUUUGCUUGGUGAAAGAAAAUAAUGCAGAAGAUAUUGGUUACGGCACUAUUGGAAAAGGUGGUGGUGAAGUUCAUUGUGGAGUUGGACAUAAGGGGAAUUGUCGUCCUCAUGAAGCAGCGCCUUACCAUAGACCUUGCGAGAAAAAGGAUGGGUGUAGAGGAGAUCCACCGAACACGAAAAAGAUAGUUGAACAUGAUGGAAAUUUGCCGAAGCCCAAAGCAGGGAAGAGAAUUAAAGAUGCUGAACAAUUGCUUCACUCACUUGGGCCAACUCCCAUGUGAGUUUGUCAAAGUAUGCAAGAGAAGGAGAUAAAAUCUCUUUCCUCGUUAAAAGAAGAGAAGAAGAUCGAUGAAUUCUCGCACUUUGUCGAGUUAUGUUAUAUCUAUUUGUUGCGUGAUGUGUGUAGUACGUGUUGCUGGGUCAUUUUGUUUACAUUCUCUAAGCUACCUUCUAGGGAAGAUGAUGGCCCUACUGAAUUUCUUAAGCUUAAUUAGCCAAAUUUCUUCGCAUUAUGGAGGAACUUGGUUUGUGUCAUGUUAAUAGAGUGUUUCCUUUUUAUCAAUUAUGUAAUACUACCUUGAUCCACAAUAAAGUACUGCUUCCUCGCAGAGGCAGCUUAUUUCUUUA